CUGCAUCCCAAUAGCACAGUAUAGCAUCUCUGCUGCUCUCUCCAGCUCUGUAGAAAAUCUCAGUAAAAAGGAGAAGAUUGCUCAGUGCACUACACUGCUGCUGGAACUGGCUCCCACACAGGGUCUCUUCAUUGCCAGUGCUCAACAAGUUAAGGAUGGUGGACCCCCAACUGUGUAAAAACGAUGCCUGGGUCUUCAAAUUAAGCAACAUCGAGCUGACAGCUCGAGUGAAGAAAAUACAACAAACAAAAAAUAAUGGUUUACAGGGAUUCCUUCGGAUUUAGAUAUUAGUCAAAUUAUUUUUUUUGUCAGAAGGAGAAAAUAAAAACGAAUUAUCUAAAAACACAAACACCAAAAGCAAGCAAAGGAGGAUUAAAUAUCUAUCUUGACAUGGAAUUUCUGCUUUUGUUACAGCUGGGGGGACCAAACAUUGCUUUAUUUGAGGAAAGUGCAGUUCCUUUUGUUUUUCCUCAAAAGGGCUUUUCUUUGGAUUCCUUUUCCAUCUCAUUGCUCCAAGACUCUGCAGAAGAGGACAGUUGAAUGCAGCCUCCAAUGAGCACAAAAGAAUGGGUUUCCAUUCAAGGUGGCCAUUGGUGGGACCAACACCAGUGGCACUCUAUAUGAUCAGCAUGCUGCUCCGCCUGUUGCCUGCAUCAGGCACGGCCUGCCCUCAGAAAUGUCGCUGCGAGGACUUGCUGUUUUACUGUGACUCGCAGGGUUUACAGGCACCGCCAGACGGUGUGGACCGGGGGGCCCUGGGUCUCUCACUACGUCACAACAGCAUCACCGAGCUGCAGCCAGAUCAGUUCUCUGGCUUUAGCCAGCUCACCUGGCUCCACUUGGACCACAACCAAAUUUCAACAGUGCGGGAGGACGCAUUCCAGGGGCUCUACAAGCUGAAGGAACUGGUUCUGAGCUCGAACAGCAUCACCCAGCUGCCCAACAGCACCUUCGUCCACCUCAUUAACCUUCAAAACCUGGACAUCUCCUUCAACCAGAUGACGUCCCUGGAGCCAGAGCUUUUUCACGGGUUGCGCAAGCUCCAAACCCUGCACCUGCGUUCCAACUCCCUCCGAACCACUCCAGUCCGGGUCUUCUGGGACUGCCGAAGCCUAGAGUUCCUGGACCUCAGCAACAACCGCCUGAGGAGCGUGGCCAGAAAUGGCUUUGCAGGAUUAAUUAAACUAAGGGAGCUCCACUUGGAGCACAACCAGUUGACCAAGAUCAAUUUAGCCCAUUUCCCCAGGCUGAUCAAUCUCCAAACACUUUUUCUGCAGUGGAACAAGAUCAGCAAUGUUACCUGCGGGAUGGAGUGGAUUUGGACAACUUUGGAGAAGCUGGAUCUCACUGGGAACGACAUCCGCUCAAUCUCCCCGGAAGUGUUUGAGACCUUGCCCAACCUCAAGGUGCUCUUGCUGGACACCAACAAGCUAACCAGCCUUGACCCUCGGACCUUGGGCUUAUGGAAGUCUGUGACUACUGUAGGGCUUUCAGGCAACAUGUGGGAAUGUACCAAAAGUAUCUGCUCUCUAGCUACUUGGCUCGGCAUGUUUAAGGGCAGGUGGGAACACUCCAUAGUGUGCCACAGUCCGGAGUAUGCACAGGGUGAGGAUAUACUGGACGCAGUUUAUGGGUUCCAGCUCUGCCAGAAUUUCUCAGCAGCAGUAGCUGCACCAACAACGGGUUCCCCAGAGGUUAGUUUGCCUCAAGAGACCCCAAGCGAUUUUUAUGGACUAUGGAUAACCCCCACACAGGACUUACAUGCACAGGAUGUAGGGAGCUUCACUACAAUGACUGUACCUACCACAACUUCCCCCACAACAAACCCCACCACAGUGGCAGCAACCGAGGUCAACACAGAGGAAGACUUUCCAGAGGCAGACAAUACCCUCCUUACCCAACGGGUCAUCAUAGGCACAAUGGCCCUUUUGUUUUCCUUCUUUCUUAUUAUCUUCGUGGUCUACGUCUCGCGCAGGUGUUGCCUGCCCACAUUGCGCCGGAUUAGGCACUGCUCAACCGUGCAGAACCGCCGACAGAUGAGGACCGAGGUGCGGCAGCCCAUGGCGGACCUCGCCACACAGGUUCCAUAUAAUGAAUACGAGCCCAGCCACGAGGAAGGUGCGCUGGUCAUCAUCAACGGGUAUGGACAGUGCAAGUGCCAGCAGCUGCCUUACAAAGAGUGUGAAGUAUGAACUGCCACCAUCAUGUUUUACCAUUCACUCGCUCCCAGAAAUACAGGGUUUUCAGUUAAGUGGGUGACCAAGUAAAAAGUAUUAAUACUUUUAUUUAUUU